AUAAACUUAGAAAGUAGCUAGAAUAAUAGAUUUUGUAUUAAAAUACAUUUUCUAAAGGAUAUUAAGUCUUAAACUCAAAUGUAUUAUUUAGUAAUUUAAUAUCUCAGAGCAUCGCAGUGAUUUGCCAGAAAACCACAAAUUGGGUUUACAAAGCCACAAAUUGAAUGAGGAUCAGACUGAAACUUUGAGGCAAAAAUCUGGACAUUCUGCAAAAAUCUGUACGGUUGAAGAGGUAUGCAGAGGAAUGUUGUCGUACGGGUCUAGCACGCGCGAAUAGCAGGUAUUACGGCUUCAAAACUGUUAUUAUAGACGCGACUUUCAGAAUGACUAGCGAAGUAGGGUAUUACUGUACUGGGUGCAUUUUCUGCGUACUACGAUAGUGGUGGUGAUGCUGUGCGUACUGAAAGGACAGAUUCAAUAGCAAGACCUGGUGGACCAGUAUCCUUGAGUAGGAAGGGCCCUUUGUACUUUAGAAUGGCUUUGCAGCGAUUCCGGUGCUUGGCUAUGGGGAGACACUAUUCUAGGACAGCAGCAGGACAUUUUCUACUGAAGCUGGGGUGUGCUGUGGCCUGCGUUUUCUUGUUUUGCGAAUUUUUGGUUUAUUACACUGUAAUAUAUCAGUGCAGGUGGCCUGAGUUGAAGUUACCAGAGCAUAAUGAACGCAAGCCAUCUACACCGUCCACUGCUCUGAAAGCGGUAUUUUUGGCAGACACUCACCUCCUAGGUAGAAUUAAGGGGCAUUGGUUUGACAAACUAAGAAGGGAAUGGCAGAUGGAGAGAUCUUUUCAGACAGCUCUGCGGUUAUUGGAACCCGAGAUUGUUUUUAUUCUUGGAGAUGUUUUUGAUGAAGGAAAGUGGAGCUCUGCAGAGGCAUGGACUGAUGAUGUAAGGCGAUUUCUGAAGAUUUUCCAUCAUCCAAAGACUACUGAAGUGGUGGUUGUUGUUGGUAAUCAUGAUGUUGGAUUUCAUUAUGAAAUGAAUGACUACAAGCUGAAACGAUUUGGGAAUGUCUUUAACAUGACCUUGGCUAAAAUAGUAACCAGGAAAGGAAUAAACUUUGUACUGGUGAACAGCAUAGCUCUGGAGGGUGAUGGGUGCCCCAUUUGUAAGAAGGAGGAGAAGGAGCUGAUCCGGCUGUCUUUUGCACUGAACUGUUCUAGGCAGUUAGUGCCAAAUCAUGUGUUAGACAAGGAAUGCAGCCGAUAUGAAAAGUUUCCUUCUUCAUCUCCAAUCCUCCUCCAGCACUACCCACUGUACCGUAAGAGUGAUUCUGAAUGCAGUGGAGAAGAUGCUGCUCCUCCAGAAGACAGGAAUAUGCCUUUCAAAGAAAAAUAUGAUGUUCUUUCCCAAGAAGCUUCACGAAAGUUGAUCUGGUGGUUCCAUCCUCGUCUAAUCCUGAGUGGCCAUACCCACAGUGCCUGUGAAGUGCUGCAUGCUGGAAGUAUUCAAGAAACAAGUGUCCCAUCGUUUAGCUGGAGAAACCGUGACAACCCCAGUUUUAUCAUGGGAGUCAUCACAGCAACAGAUUUUACUCUUGGAAAAUGCUUUCUUCCACGUGAGAAUACCAUCAUCACAAUAUACCUUGUCACUGCUUUUCUGGUCUUUACAACAUUCCUUCAUUUUUGUCUUGUUCUUCAACCUAUUCACUUAGAAUACCACCUGAUUAACACCCACAAAGUAUCGAAAGAAUAAAUUUAAGCAACUGCUGAGUCAGCUUUGUUGCAUUUUAGAUACUCAGUGCUGAAACCGACAAUGGUUAUUUUGCCUGUUCCUGUGCAAGAAACAGUUGAAUGUUUUAACUUAGCAGUAAAACAGAAAAAAAAUAUUGUAAAAUGCAUAUAGGGUUUCUGUUGCAUUUUUGCAUGGGCUCAAGAACAAAAUAAUUUAAAUAGAAUUGCACCCUCAGGAAAUUACUUUAAGCCUGUGUGUACAUAGUUAAAAUUUAGUUGUCUAGAGAAAGAAUUGGAACAGCAUGCCUAGAGUUUUUAAUUAUAGAUCUUGAAGUAAGUACAGUUUUAUUUGAACACUGGAGUUAUUAUGCAUUUUAUUAGAUAUUUCAAGUUGAACAUUCCACUAGAAGGUGAUGCAUUCCUGUGACACAGUUGCACACACUUUUUCUAGAAGACUGCACUUUUUAUCACUUACCUCCAAAAAACAUGAACAAACUGGAAAUUUCCUGCGGUACAUUCCUUACUAUUUGACAACCGGGGCUGUUACCCAGUGAACUCUGCAUAUUUAUCUCAGGAUUUAACAGAAAAGGUUGGAAAAGGUCAUGAAAGAAAGCUUGACUUGAAGAUGUUUUCUCUCUUCCUUGCACUAUUCACACAACUUUUUAUGUCUCAGUAAAUCUAAGCUCAAAUGUUCUUCUCUCUCUGACACUGGUGAUGGACUAAUCAGCAACCUUCAUCCCCCAACAUGGUUUCAGUAGUCAUAACUGCAAAGAAACUGCCACUGACUUCCCAGUCAAAUUCCUUUUACUUUACCUCCCUGGUAUCCUACUGUACACCCUUUGCAGACCAGUAAGUCUGUCUUUCCUUGUAGGAUCUAUCUUAGAUGUUGACCUACAUUGCAAUGAUGUUUGUGAUGCAGCUGUGCUCUUUGAGCCAAGAAGUUGCCAGUUAAAUAGCACUAGGCUUGCCACCCCUCCAUUUUUUUUCCGGACUAUCAGGAAAUCAAACUGAUUCUCCGGUAGUCUGGAAAACACUGUACAA